CGCACGGAACGCGACAAUGGCGGUGGGACACAGGCCGGCUUCACACGAGCACAGAAACAAGGAUCGGAAUGGGCACGUUGCCAUUCUGCCGACGACGACGCCAUUGGCGACGGCAAGGGAUCACGUGGGCCCGGGAGUAAGCUGCAUCGCUCGUAGAUCCGGCCGCCACGGUUGGGUCGUACUCUCGGUCGAUCUCCAGUGCUGUGAUGGCAGGCACGGCCAACACCAGCCUCGGCGCCGAUCGGCCGGCCGGCCGGCGGCGCGCCAUGUUCGGCUUGGGAAGAGGAGGCCGGUCGACACAAUAAUGGACGUCGAUGACGACGACGACGUCUUCUGCGCCUACUGCUCCGUGCAGCGCGCGCUCCUCCACUGCGCCCAGCACGGCGCGCGCCUCUGCCUGCACUGCGACGUCCGCGUGCACGCCGCCGCGCCGUGCCACGAGCGCGCCCCGCUCUGCUACGGCUGCCAGGCCGCGCCCGCCGACGAGCACUGCACGCGGUCCGGUCCCCACACGCGGCCCGUCCUUCUCACAACAAGACAAAAACGAACAACAACCUCUGUGUUCCCCUGACGAAGCAGCGACCUAUCGACCGAAACUUGAAACCCCUUCACAGUUCCAACAAAACCAUAAAGUGACUCAGGGGCUCCUGACGGGUGCAUAGACCCGGAGCCUUCAAUGGACCCGCCUUCACGCAACACAUGGCCCAACGAGAGGCGUGGCAACGACACACACCUGGGCCAGCCCAGCAAUGCAACGCUAGGGUGAGACCUCGAUCUGACCACCGACCGAGGGCUCCGACCAGGAGGCCUGGUUCGCACCCCGACUAGAAAGGCUUGGUCAGGGCCGGGACCACAGUUCGAAUUUGACCAAGCUCCUCCGACCAGAGAUGUGCCAUACUGAUCACACCGCUCCCCCCGAUCGACACGGUCGGGACCGACCGGGACAAUCGAUCGGGGAUGCCCGCUUGGUGUGGGCCCAUGGAGUAGGUGGAACGGAUAAGAGCGCACAGGUCAACCACCAUACAAGGAACCGUACCACACCACACCCUACACACGCCCUGCAUAGUGCCGUCGCUAUCUACCCGCUACAACGGAGUGGCCUGACGAGAUGAAUAGGGACCGAGGACGGCGGCCAUACCGUACCCGAUGACGUGGGCAUCGACAAGACUAGGCAGCGCCUGCACACUCCCUUUCUCUUUCUCUAACUUGUAAGGUCGUCCCCCUUUAACUAUAAAAGGGGACAGACCCUCCACAUCCGACAUAGUCUCCACGACACGAGCAACGGAGAAACUCUUUGACUCUGUUCCAACAUAUAGCGCACGUUCGAGCUCCUGUCACUCUCUUCCACUCAGACCAGAGCGCGACCGGGACUUGGACACCCCUCUCUCAUUCCUCUCUCGUUUAUACUCCCACUGCAAACUUUGAGCACCUUGACUCAGGAAUAUAGUCAACCAACAGACCCCGAAUUGGACGUAAGGGCCGUUUCCCAAACCAGUAUACAUCCUGUGUCAUUGUGUGCUAGGCCAUAUCCGAUCUAACGCCAGUAAAACUACAACAUUUACUAGUCGGCCAGAUUCCUCACCGACAAAUAUGAAU